AUGCAUGGGAUGAGAUUUUCAACUAGUGUACCCAAUGAUCCGGAUACACAUGAUGAUUUCAAGCCCACAAAUAAGCUUGAAAAUUCUCAACUUACCCUAAAAGACAUUGUUGAGCAGGAUGUGAAGGACAACCAUGUGAUGAUUUACAUGAAAGGGGAUCCAGAACAACCCCGUUGUGGAUUCAGCUCAUUAGCAGUCAGAGUGUUGAGUGAAUAUCGUGUUCCCAUACAUUCUAGAAACAUAUUGGAAGAUCCUGAACUUAAGAAUGCUGUAAAAUCUUUCAGCAUGUGGCCAACAUUUCCACAGAUAUUUAUCAAUGGAGAAUUCAUAGGAGGAUCAGACAUUAUCCUGAAUAUGCAUCAGAAUGGUGAACUGAAGGAGAAGAUAAAGGCAACUCCCUCGGAAUAGAGGAAUUUGGAAUUUUAUGAAGUAGUAGUCGUUGUUCUUGUUAAGGUGAGUGAAAAUAUAAUGUCAUGUUGCUACUUAUUUUUGAGGUUUUAGUUUAAUAUGUGAGAUUGAUAUGCUGCAACAUACUGUUCUUGUUCUAUCUUGCAUUUAAAAACUCUGAAAUUGUUAUUUGUUUGGUAUUAUUGUAUGGAUGUAAUAAAAAUUAGUUGAUUAUUUUAUGAUUAUUAA